UCUCGAGAUCAAUUCUUCAUAAGUGGUUUUGAUUUUAUAAACAUAAUCAAUCGCCAUGUCAUUUAAAGUGUUAACAAUUUUAAUUUUGAUCUUUUUGGUGCAAUUUUCUCAAUCGAAGAAAUUUCCAAAAGACAUCCAAAGAUGUCGACCUACAGACGAUGAAUGUUUAGUCAAAGUUGCAAAUGAGAUUAUUCGAAAGCAUCCACACGGAUAUCCGGAAAUAAAUCUAGGCAACCUCGAGCCCUUUCAUAUAGAUAACAUCAAAAUAACUGGUGAUUCUUCAAAAGCUGUAAAUUUGAAUUUGGAAAUGACAGAUCUGUCAUUUACUGGAUAUGCAAACAUCACUUUUUCCAAGAUCAGCGGUUUUAAACCGGAUCCGAAAGAUCUAAUUAUCGAUUCCGAUGCUGUCUGCAAACAGUUAAUACUCAAAGGUAAGUAUAAAAUUGAAGGAAAGAUGUUAAUCUUCCCAAUUACCGGGGAAGGUGAUGUAACUUGCACCAUCGAUGGUCUGCACAUCAAAACCCGUUCGAAGCCUAAAGUUGAAUUAAGAGAUGGAUUGGAAUAUCUUAAAACGGAUAAUUUUAAGAUUAAAGCUAAAGCUGAUCGCAUGACUGUAAGUAUGACAAAUCUUUUCAACGGCGAUAAGACUCUUGGUGAUAAUAUGGUUAAAAUUAUAAAUGAAAAUUGGGAAGUUCUGUGGGAAGAAAUGGAGCCAAGUUUUUCAGAUCAAUUAAGAAAAGUUAAUGAAGAUACUAUUGAUAAAGUUGUGAAUAGUUUUCCUUAUAAAGAACUAUUUAUAAUUGAUGAAUAAAUGAAAAAAAUAUUAAAUAAAGUACCAAAGAACAUUAA